AUGACUUUUAUUGAUGUAAGGGCGCGCAGGCUUGGCCGCGCGCUCCCGCCUCCCUCGGGCUCUCCCGCUCUUUCCUCCUCGCGUGCUCCGGGAGCCGUGGCAGAUGAGAUCGCUAAGGCUCAGACCACCCGGCCUGGCGGCGAUACAAUCUUCGGGAAGAUAAUCGGGAAAGAAAUCCCAGCCAAAAUAAUUUUUGAGGAUGAGCGGUGCCUCGCUUUUCAUGACAUUUCACCUCAAGCACCAAUACAUUUUCUGGUGAUACCUAAGAAACCAAUUACCCAGAUUUCUGUAGCAGAAGAUGAUGACGAAAGCCUUCUUGGACAUCUCAUGAUUGUUGGCAAGAAAUGUGCUGCUGAUCUGGGCCUGCAAAAGGGUUAUCGAAUAGUGGUGAAUGAAGGUUCAGACGGGGGGCUGUCUGUUUAUCAUGUUCAUCUCCAUGUUCUUGGAGGCCGGCAGAUGCAUUGGCCUCCCGGUUAA